CGCUUCCCAUUCGUUCCAUUCACCACCUAGCCAAGCAAAGCACUGAGAGCAAAAGUUGUUCCACUCUCUCCAUUGCAAAGCAAAGCGAAGCCACCAAAGCCAGCUCCUCGAUCUCGGUGACGCGACCUGCAGCGGGCUCGACGGUGAUCUCUGCCGUCCGCAUUGCCACGGAUCACGCGGUGGUGGCCAUGGCGACCGACAGGAGGAUCCAGCCGGCCCGCAGCGGCGGGGGAGGCGGGUCGUCGCCCGGAGGGGGAGGCGUGGAGCCCGGGCUCGGGAGGCGCCUGCUCCACGUGCUGCGCGCCGUCUACCACAUGCUGCGCCGUGGCCUCUGCCGCAAGCGCCUCAUGAUGGACCUCCACCUGCUGCUCGGCCGCGGCAAGCUCGCCGGCAGGCAGUUCCGGGACCUCCUCGCGCACCAGCCGCUCGCCGGGGGCCACCGCUUCGGCGCCGCGGCCGCGGCCGGCGCCUCCCCGUCCGCGCUCUCGAUGUACCAGCACGACCCCAGGGACGUCGAGUUCAGCUGCGAGACCACGCCGGUGUACGAGCAGGCGGUCUUCCCCUUCAAGAUCGGCCGCGGCCGCGGCCGGGGCAGGAACUACGGCGGGCUGGACGCUGCCACAGUGGCGGCCGCCUUCGAGAUGAUGAACGCGCACGCUGCCGCCGGGAACUCGGGCGGGGACACGCCGGGGGUGUCCCGCGCCACGCCGUCGCCCAUGCUGGCGCUCAGCUUGGGGCGCUGCCCGGCCGGGGCGCGCCAGCUGCGCGUCACCGACUCGCCGUUCCCCGUCGAGCCGGAGGGCGUCGACGAGCGCGUGGACGCCGAGGCCGACAGCUUCAUCAAGAGGUUCUACGAGCAGCUCCGGAUGCAGCAGUCGACCACGCCGGACAACUGCACCCGCCGCCGUGGCUAGAUCCAGACGCGCCGCGCGCCAGUCCCGGCCGCUUCCGCCACACGCCGCGGUGGUGCGAGGUCCGGGUGCAUGGGCGCGAAUCCUAAAGCUAUAUAAAUACGUGGCAUCGGUCGAUUGUUUCACUGUCAUGUGGGUCUCGAGUUUUUCUAGCUACCUGCAUGCUCUGCUUGUAAUUUUCCUCGUUUGUGAUAAUCUCUCGAUAGAGAGCGAGGAGACGAGAUAAAAAGAAGGGCUUUGAAGCCCCCCAACUUGUAUCUGUCAUAUCAAGAUGAUAUCAUGCAUAUGAGCUGAAAUGAUAGAAUUUUGCACAUU